AUGCAGUUAAUUGCACUCGCCGACUCCGCCUAUAGCACACCCUCCCCCGGAACAGACACACACACACACACACACACACACACACACGCACACAGACCGGCCCCCCCUCACCCCUCACCCCGUCACCCCCCCGGCCCGUCACCCACACCCUCCGGACCUCACAUCACAGAGGACACACACCACACUCCUAACACACCUACUGACAGCCUCUAA